CCUUAUUUUGAAGUUCAGUUGGGACAAAACUCUACUGAGGACAACCCUAGUUGUUUCUAUGGAGGACAACCAGCAGCAAGAAGUUGUGAUGGCAAACAUGGAAAUGCAGGCCGAUGACACACCAUGUGAACACACACUGUCUCCAGAGUGGCUGCUAUGUGCAUCUGAGGACAGUGAGGUUGAGACAGUGUCCAAUGACACAGAGGACCACACAGACGGAGACACUGAAGACAGUUGGUCCCUUUCUGAUAAGGAAGGACAAGAGGGAAUGCAGCCCACACAGUAUCAUCAAGACAGAAGAAGCUGGAUAUUCUUGGCCAUGAGGUGCCUCUUGACCUUUAACGAGCUGGAGGACCAAGUUAAAAGAAACGAGGCUCUGCUCUUGAAUGUGAUGGAGAGAGUUAAGCAACUAAUGAUGAUAAAUAACAUUCAAGAUUCAACCCUAACAAGAAUGUUCAGCAUGGAAAUGCAGGGAUCUUUGGAAGAAACUGAGCAGCAACGCUCAUGCAUGACUGUGGACAGCCAGUCCAGCGGAGCGCCGUCCAUUGACACAGAAGACCACACAGAGGGACAAGUUGCAGAGGCUAUGAUUUUAGAGCAAGUUCUUGUGGAGGACACGGAAGACACAAGCCCCCUUCACAAUGAAAAUGUAACAGCAGACAUUAAGGAGCUUCCUGACAAGCAGGGACAGGGGGAUGAAUGUGAGCAGAUAGAGAGGAGUUUAUUGAUGACCACACAAACUUUCUGCUAAAGAUGUUCAGAUUCUUUGAUGACCUUGAACUGCUGAAAAUACAAGUGAAGACAUAUAACACUUAAUAAGAAUAAGUGGAUGGAAAAGAUUCAGAGGGAAG